ACACAAGCACUUGCAAUACAGGGAUAGAAAGUCACAGGCAACAAAAAGGCAAGUGGAAACGACGUACUCCAUAAGACCGUCAAAGAGACUACUGAGGUUAUCUGGCUACAUUUUUGUGUACAGACUUCUUCACGUGCUUCUCCAGAGAACUUGAUUCUUAUUUUAUAAAUCUGCUCACCAAGCAGUCACAGGCUAUAUGUGACAUUCUUUAUUAUCUGAUGACUUCCUGGAGCUGCAGUUGGUUUUUUACCUCCGCCAUGCUGUUGCUCUUACUACUCCUACUACCUCAAGGCCUCUCAGAAAAUUGCACUAAACCCAAAAAUGUUAGAUUCUCUUCCAAAAACCUGCAAAAUUCUGUAGAAUGGUCAACUCCUUCCAGUGUUUCUGAUGAAAUACUAUACAGUGUUGAAUACAAAAGUUAUGGUGAUCCAGUCUGGCAUAGGAAACCUGAGUGUGCGGCUAUCAAAGAAACUCGAUGUGACUUAUCAAAUGAAACCAGUGACUAUUCAGCUCAAUAUUAUGCCCGAGUUAAUGUUACACAAACUUUUUGUUCUGCAGAAACUGACAGAUUUUAUCCCAAAAUGGAUACAAUAAUUGGAAGCCCCAAAAUUAAAGUGAUUCCAGGAGAAAAAUCUUUUUUAAUAAACUUGUCUUAUCCAGAAUUUUAUAAGGGAUGUGAAAAGCCUCUCAGUGCUUUCAGAAGCAUUAAAUUUGAAGUUUCCCUAAAUAAUACAAAGUCUCCACCUGGAUUUCGGGUCAAGAGUCAAAAUAACACAUAUUCGGUGGAACAUUUAACUCCUGGAACUAUCUACUGUGUAACUGCUAAAGUUAUUUUUCGUCUAUCCCGACCAAAAAGUGAGACUGCAGUAUUUUGUACAACCACUCUCAAAGAUUACUCUUCAGAAGAAGCAAUGAAAAUUAUAUGUGCCUAUAUUUUGCCUAUCCUGGUGAUUUCCGUUAUACUGCUCAUCACUGUAUAUGCUGUUCAUAAAUAUAUUCACGUUAGCCAACUUGCUCAACCACGUAUCCUGAUCUUAGAUCAACAAAACACCCUCACUAAAAUAAUUGUUGAAGCAAAUUUGGUUACUAUUAACCACCUUAGCACUGAAAACGAUACAUGUAAGUUAAAAUUCCAGGAUAUAGGUUCAUGUAAGGAAGAAAAGAUACAAUGUAACAAGAAGAGUCAUCUUAUCAAGACAGCUAGUUGUGGGACUAAAAUGAUGGAAAUACAGAAUAACAGUAGCACUACAGUGGCAGGAGAAGAAGAAAACCUGGGUUAUGUGACACUUCAGCAAGAAUUUCCAGCUGAACAACCCAGUCUUUUACAAUAUGACAUGACACAAACUGAUCAACCGCCUAUUUCAGAACCUGUCAUUCCUCUAGUUAAGCAAAAUGUGUUUUCACCAUAUGACAUGCCGCAUGACCUGAGGAAUUUACAGUCAUCAACCCAGUCUAAAUCAUCUGUGUACCUUGGGACUGUAUUGGAAGUUCCUUAUGCCCACAUUAACACUAAUUCUAGUGUUUGCCUUACGAAAGAAGAGAAUACAUUGAAUGUUACUGGAAAUACAUAUGAACCUCAAAUGCCCAUGGCAAAGUGUUAUGAUGACUUGUUACUUCUAUCAAGUAGGGAAACCUCCAAACAGCAUAUGAUAACAUCUGAAGAAAAUUGUUUCAAUCAAGACUUUGGACAUCACAGCUUAAACAACAAUGAUCUUUGUGAAUCUAAUUAUUUAUUUGUUGACUGGAACCCUCUAACUCACCAGCUACAUAUACCUAACUUUCAUGGUGAGGAAGUAAUUGAGGAAGAUAUUACCUCUGAUAACUUUAAUGUAACCAAUGAGCUGCUACCAAAAUUAAUCUAUCCUAAUGAUUCAGAUAAUUCAGUAGAGGAGGAUUUGCUCUUGAAGUUUCAGGAACGGUGGGCAUUAAAUAUACCAAUAAACCAGUAAACGAUAA